UCUCUCUCAAAUCAUUUGGGAUAUUAUGUGAUAUUAUUUGAUUUGAUUUGAUUUUAUUAUGUGAUCUGAUUUUGUUAGCUGUAAAUUAGUUACUGACAGAGAUUAGGUCUUCUAUCCUUGAUUUUCUCACCUAAUUUAGGUCCUCUAUUCCUGUCUAUAUAUAUAUAUAUAUAUAUAUAUAUAUAUAUAUUGUAAUCACUCGAUGAUAAUAAGAAAAUACAGAUUCUUUUCUACAUGGUAUCAGAGCCUAGUUUUCUGAUCUGUAUUUCCUGCCUGUUUCUUUUCCACUACUGCUGCUUCAUUGCAGCCUUUUUUUCAGCCUUAUUGCUGCUGUUCUGUUUCAGCCUUAUUGCUGACUUAACCAGUCUUGUUGCUGGCCUUCAAUUGUGUGACAACCACCCUUGUUUCUCGAUCCUUUCUUAGUCUCCUCCUAUAAUCUGUCCUUAAAGUUGCUGGAAUGGAAGAUUCAGGGAAAGCUAUCUUCGACCAAAUUGGUUCUCUGUUCAGAAUCAAUCCAACUCAUCGAUUGGAGAUUUUCCCAACAUGAAGGAGUACCGACUGGAUGGAAAAAAUUAUCUUCAGUGGGCACAGAUUGUGAGGACUAUUCUUAAAGGAAAAGGAAAGCUCAGUCAUCUAGAAGGCACUGAUCCAGGACAAGGUGAUCCCAAGUUUUAGACAUGGGAUGAAGAAGAUUCCUCAAUUAUGUCAUGGUUGUGGAGCUCGAUGCAACCUGAAAUCAACAAAAACUAUGUUUCUCCCUACUGCCAAGGACAUAUGGGAGGCUGUUCGUCAGUCUUAUUCAAAAGUCCAAGAUGCAGCAGUAAUAUAUGAACUCAAGACGAAGGCUUUUUUCGACCCCCAAAAAAAAAAGAUGAGGGCUUCAAUAACAAAACAAGGUAAUCGUUCUGUUACGGAAUACUACAAUCUCAUGAGAGGUCUCUGGCUUGAAAUAGAUCACCAUCUGAAUAUACAGAUGAGGUGUCCAGAAGACACUAGUACUCUCCGAAACUAUAUGGAGAGAGAUAGGAUUUUUGAGUUUUUGGCAGGUUUGAAUGCAAACUUUGAUCAGAUUCAAGUUCAGAUUCUUGGAAAGAAGCGGUUGCCAUCCUUGAAUGAAGUUUUUUCUAUUGUAAGAGGAGAAGAAGGCCAACGGAUUGUAAUGCUUGAAGACCAACACAUCGAAGUAUCUGCCAUGAAAGCAAUUAAGGAGAAACAAAUCUUUACAAAAACAAGAGACCAGAUCCAAUUAUGACAAUGGGCAAUGAAGGUUUAUGGUGCAGUUUCUGCAAGAAACCACGCCAUACAAGAGAAAAUUGCUUCAAGCUUCAUGGAAGAAUGCAGGUACUCAGCAGAGCUAAAAGACAGCCGCAGGUGCAGAUGACCAGUGAAGGUGAAGCUGCCCCUAUGGACCAAUACAAACCUGUCAGUGAGGAGAUAUUUAACAAAGAAGAAGUUGGUAGAAUCAGGGUUCUUCUUGACUCCCUAUCUAAGUCUUCUGAUAUGUGUUCAUUAGUUCAGUCAGGUGUGUAUCUAAUUUCCUACAACUCAACAGCUUCUCAGUACCCUAAUUCAUGGGUUCUUGAUUCAAGAACAACCAACCAUAUGACACAUGAUAUAACUAAAUUCGAAACUUAUAAACCAUCACCAGGAAAUAGGAGUAUUACCAUAGCAGAUGGAUCUCCUAUUACUAUAGUUGGCCAGGAACAACAAUUCUAAAUUCCUCACUUAAACUCGACAAUGUCCUUCAUGUUCCUAAGCUGUCCACCAAUUUCCUUUCCAUUCAUCAACUUACCAAAAAUCUGAAUUAUAAGGUGCUUUUCUCUAUUGAUCAUUGUAUUUUGCAGGACCUAAAAAUGAGGACAAUUGGAUUUGCUAAGGAACGGAAUGAGCUCUACUACUUUGAGGAUUUGAGCAGAAGUGAUUGGUCUCUUGUGGGAUAUAAUACCUCUUACAACUCUUGUAAUCCUAUCCACUUAUCUCAGAUUUAGCUUCAUCAUUUUCGAUUAGGACAUCGUUUAGUCUUCUUAAAACUGUUUCCUUCAAUUUUUAAAGACGCUGCAGUUGAAAAUCUUCAUUGUGAAGUUUGUGAACUUGCAAAACAUCAUCGUGUUUCAUAUCCCGUGAAUAAUAAUGCUAGAGUUUCAACACCAUUCUCUCUUAUCCAUACCGGAGCUAAAUGGUUUCUCUUUUAUUGAUGAUUGUACUCGAACUACAUGACUAUAUCUUAUGAAAGACAAAUAUAAUGUUUAAUCUAUCUUUCAAAACUUUCAUAAAAUGAUAGUCAAUUAAUUGGGGGUGUCAAUUAGGAGACUUAGGUUUGAUAAUAGGAAAGAAUAUUUCAAUUAGUAUCUUGAUCAUUUUUUCCAAACUCGGGGUAUUAUUCAUGAGUCUUCCUAUGUUGAUACCCCUCAACAAAAUGGAGUAGCCGAAAGGAAAAAUAGGCACCUCCUAAAUGUUACUUGGGCUCUUCUCUUUCAAAUGUCUGUUCCAAAGCAUUUUUGGGGGAAGCUGUUUUAACUUCAGCAUAUUUUAUUAAUCGGGUUCCUUCCAAAACCCCAGGAAAUGAAAGUUCCUUACAACUCUUGUUUACCUUUUAUCUUGAUGUCUCCCAUUAAUAUCACAUUUCCCCUCAGGUCUUUGGCUAUGUUGCAUUUGUGUAUAUUCAUAAUCACAACUGAAAUAAACUCGACCCUCAUGCUUUAAAGUGCAUCUUUAUUGUGUACUCUAAUACUCAAAAAGGUUAUAAAUGCUAUGACCCUUUAACACGUUGAGUUUUUAUCUCUAUGGAUGUCACUUUUAAUGAAAACCAAUCGUUUUUUCAUUCCAACCACUAUCUUCAGGGGGAGACUCCUAAUGAAGAUAGUGGGUUUGAACCACUAGCUUCACUACCUAGUGCAUUGCCCAACCUAUUUCGUCCAAUCCAACUUUGUCUCAUUCACCAUUUCUGUCAAGUCCUAGCCCUCUUAGUUCACCUAGUCCUUCAUGAAGUCCAUUGAGUCCUCUGACGAGUCCUAGUUCCCCGGUAAGUUCUCUACCUAGUUUGUCGUCAUCUUUUCAUCUAGUCCUUCUAAGAAUAAACCAACCAAACUUCAAGUUUACUCAAGAAGGAUGAAGCUCAAUCCGGAACUGAAUCAAAUCCCAUUAUCCGAACCGUUAUCAGGAAUACAGGUGAAUUCAUGAUUUCGAGGUAUAGAGAAGUUGCUGAAAUUGUUCUUAGAUAUUUAGAGCACAAGGAUCAUCUUGUUCGACGCAGCAUAACAUCAUUGUUACCUGUGAUUGCACAUUUCCUACGUGAUCGAUUUGUUGCACACUAUUUAACGAUAUGUAUGAAGCAUAUACUUGCAGUUUUACGGACACCGGCUGAACGAGCUAGUGGGUUUAUAGCCCUUGGCAAGAUGGCAGGUGCUAUAGAUGUGGAGCUUAUUGAUUAUUUGCCGACAAUCAUGUCUCACAUACGUGAUGCGAUUGCUCCACAUAGAGGUAGGCCUUCACUUGCGGCUCUGGCAUGCGUUGGAAAUUUUGCCAAAGCCAUGGGGCCGAAGAUUGAAUCUCACGUUCAUGGACUGUUGGAUGUUAUGUUUUCAGCUGGUCUUUCUCCAACACUUGUAGAGGCUCUUGAGAAAAUAACAAUUAGUAUUCCAUCUAUGCUACCUACAAUACAAGUUCGGUUGCUCAGCUGCAUUUCAAAUGUUCUUUCCAAGUCCCAUCCUCCUCAGGCAAGGUCGGCUGUAGCCAUGGUUCGAAGGAGCAUGAUGAAUACUUCACAGCAAUUUUCUGAGUUCAGUGGUUCCGCUCUCGUGCAACUUGCUCUGCAAACUCUUGCCCGUUUCAAUUUUGAGGGUCAUGAGCUUCUUGAAUCUGUCAAAGAAUUGGUUGUUGGGUACAUGGACGAUGAAGAUGGGGCAACACGAAAAGAUGCAGCACUAUGCUGUCGCAGACUGGUUGAAAGUUCUUUCUCUGACGUGACAUUCACACAAUUUGUUGCUACUAGGUCAAAUCAAAUUGGAGGAAAGCAAAGGCGAAUGAUUGAGGAGGAGGGGGCAUCAUCAGCUUUAACAAAAUACGUGGAGGAAGAAGCUCGAGAGCUUAGUGGGGAAGCUUUUGCUCAGUUUAUGGAUCAGUUGUAUGAUCGCAUAUCGGCUCUUCUAGAAAGCAAGGAUCCUGAUGAGAACUUGGGUGCUCUAAGAGUCAUUGAUGAGCAUAUAGAUGUUGAUCUUGGUGAGAAUGCUUCCAAGGUUUCGAAAUUCGCAAAUUACGUGCGAACGGUAUUCGAAGUAAAGUGUGAUAAGAGAAUUUUGGUCCUUGCUAGUAGUGUUCUGGGCCAUCUAGCAACAGCUGGCGGAGUGAUGAUUGCUGAUGAGAUGGAAUGCCAGUUAAAAAUUGCUCUGGAUUGGCUUCGUGGAGACAGAGUGGAGCAUCGUUUUCUUGCAGCUGUUCUGAUCUUGAAGGAAAUGGCUGUGAAUGCUUCAACUGUUUUCAAUGUCCAUGUUCCUGAAUUUGUUAAUGCUAUCUGGGUUGCAUUGAGGGAUCCAGAUGAGAAAAUACGAGAACUGGCCGUGGAGGCAUUACGUGCCUGCCUUCGUGUUAUUGAGAAGAGAGAAACGCGUUGGCGUGUGCAAUGGUACUAUCGUAUGUUUGAGGCCACGCAAGAUGGCUUGGGUAGAAAUGCUCCUGUUCACAGCAUACAUGGGUCAUUGCUUGCUGUUGGGGAACUAUUAAGGAAUACAGGUGGAUUCAUGAUUUCAAGGUACAGAGAAGUUGCCGAAAUUGUUCUUAGAUAUUUAGAGCACAAGGAUCGGCUUGUUCGACGCAGCAUAACAUCAUUGUUACCUCGGAUUGCAUAUUUCCUUCGUAAUCGAUUUGUUACACACUAUAUAUGCAUGAAGCAUAUACUUGCAGUUUUGCAGACACCAGAUGAACAAGCCAGUGGGUUUAUAGCCCUUGGUGAGAUGGCUGGUGCUCUAGAUAGGGAACUUAUUGAUUAUUUGCCGACAAUUAUGUCUCACAUUCGUGAUGCAAUUGCUCAACAUAGAGGUAGGCCUUCACUUGAGGCUCUGGCAUGCGUUGAAAACAUUGCCAAAGCCAUGGGGCCGAAGGUGGAAUCUCACGUUCGUGGACUGUUGGAUGUUAUGUUUUCAGCUGGUCUUUCUCCAAUGCUUAUAGAGGCUCUUGAGAAAAUAACAAUUAGUAUUCCAUCUAUGCUACCUACAAUACAAGUUCAGUUGCUCAGCUGCAUUUCAAAUGUUCUUUCCAAGUCACAUCCUCCUCAAGCAAGGCCGGCUGUAGCCAUGGUUCGAGGGUGCAUGAUGAAUACUUCACAGCAACUCUCGGAGUUCAGUGGUUUGGCCCUUGUGCAACUUGCUCUGCAGACUCUUGCACGUUUCAAUUUUAAGGGUCACGAGCUUCUUGAAUUUGUCAAAGAAUCGGUUGUUGGGUACUUGGACGAUGAAGAUGGAGGAACACGAAAAGAUGCAGCACUAUGCUGUUGCAGGCUGGUUGCAAGUUCCUUCUCCGAUGUGAAAUCCACAGAAUUUGGUGCGACUAGAUCAAAUCGAACUGGAGGAAAGCGAAGGCAGCUGAUUGAGGAGCUUGUUGACAAACUCCUCAUCGCUGCUGUUGCGGAUGCUGAUGUAACCAUAAGGCGGUUCAUCUUCUUCUCCUUGCAUGUGAAUAGAGGAUUUGAUGAGUAUUUAGCACAGGCAGAUUGUCUCAGUGCAGUUUCUGCUGCUUUAAAUGAUGAGGAUUGCGAUGUUCGGGAAUAUGCUAUCUCAGUAGGUGGGAGGUUAUCUGAGAAGAACCCUGCCUAUGUCCUUCCAUCUCUUCGUCGUCAUCUCAUACAGUUGCUGACAUAUCUAGAGCAAAGGGCAGAUAGCAAAUGCAGAGAAGAGAGCGUGAAGUUACUUGGUUGCUUAAUACGAAAUUGCGAACGACUAAUACUCCCAUAUGUGGAUCCAAUUCACAAGGCUCUUGUUGCAAGGCUUGAGGACGGCUCCUUGGGCAAUGCUAAUACAGGCAUUGUAAGUGGAGUUCUUGUAAUCGUGGGGGAUCUUGCUAGAGUGGGUGGCUUUGCAAUGCGACGAUAUAUCCCAGAUCUAAUGCCUUUAAUUGUGGAUGCUCUAUUGGAUGGAGCUGCAGUCACAAAAAGAGAAGCGGCAGUGUCCACUCUGGGUCAGGUUGUACAGAGCACUGGGUAUGUGAUAACUCCUUACAAGGAGUAUCCUCCACUACUUGGCUUACUCUUGAAAUUGCUGAAUGGUGAGGUACCAUGGUCUACCAGGCUUGCAGUUCUUGAGGUUCUUGGGAUUAUGGGUGCUUUGGAUCCCCAGAUGCAUAAACGGAAUCAGCUCAUGUUGCCUGGUUCACAUGGAAAAUUUGCUCGUGCUACUGAUGAUUCAGGCCAGCACAUGCAGACCAUCAAUGAAGUACCCAUGGAUCUUUGGCCGUCUUCUGCUACAUCCGAGGAUUAUCAUUCUACGGUGGCAAUAAAUUCUCUGAUGCGGAUUCUUAGGGACCCCUCCCUCGCUAGUCACCACUACAAAGUGGUUGGCUCACUUAUGUUCAUUUUUAAGUCGAUGGGUCUUGGUUGCGUUACAUACUUGCCAAAGGUUUUACCUGAUUUCUUUCACAUUGUCCGUAUAUGUGAUGAUACACUGAAGGACUUCAUAACAUGGAAGCUUGGAACUCUCAUAUCCAUUGUCCGGCAGCACAUUUGCAAAUAUCGGCAAGAAUUGCUUUCGUUAAUCUCUGAACUGUGGUCAUCUCUGAGCUUGCCAGCUAUUAAUCGUCGUCCACUUGGCUGUCCAGUUCUGCAUCUGGUCGAACAGUUGUGCCUGGCUCUCAAUGAUGAAUUCAGAACAUAUCUUCCAGAUAUACUUCCAUGUUGUAUUCAAGUCCUUAGCGAUGCAGAACGGUGCAAUGACUACACAUAUGUUCUUGAUAUCCUUCAUACCCUCGAAAUCUUUGGUGGGACCUUGGAUGAGCACAUGCAUCUACUUCUUCCAGCACUCAUUCGAUUGUUUAAAGAAGAUGCUCCAGUGGACAAACGACGUGCUGCCAUUAAAACUUUAGCCAGAUUAAUCCCUCGAGUUCAGGUUACUGGUCAUAUAUCUUCACUAGUCCAUCAUUUGAAGCUGGUUUUGGAUGGAAAACUUGAUGAGCUCAGGAAGGAUGCUGUAGAUGCACUUUGUUGUCUUGCGUAUGCCCUUGGGGAGGAUUUCACCAUCUUCAUACCAUCGAUACACAAACUUCUUUUAAAACAUCAAUUGAUGCAUAAGGAAUUUGAGGAGAUUGAAGGUCGUAUCUAUAGACGUGAACCGCUGAUAUCAGGAAGCACGACUGCUCAAAAGCUAAGCCAAGGGCUUGCUGUAGAAGUAAUCAGUGACCCAUUGAAUGAUGUGGAGAAUGAUCAAUAUGAAGAUGGGUCUGAUGUGCAAAAUGAGCAUAGAGUCCAUCAGGUUAAUGUUGGUCGUCUACUUGCUGCUGGGGAGGCUUCUCAAUGCAGUACUAUAGAAGAUUGGGCUGAAUGGAUGCGGCACUUUAGUAUUGAGCUCUUGAAACAAUCUCCAUCACCAGCUCUGCGAACAUGUGCAAGGUUGGCACAGUUGCAGCCCUCUGUUGGAAGGGAGUUAUUUGCAGCUGGUUUUGUGAGCUGUUGGACACAGCUGAGUGAAUCUAGUCAGAUACACUUGGUUCGGAAUUUAGAGAUCGCAUUUUCUGCUCCAAAAAUUCCUCAUGAAAUUCAUGCAACACUUCUUAACUUGGCUGAGUUCAUGGAACAUGAUGAGAAACCCCUUCCUAUUGACAUCCGACUCCUUGGUGCUCUUGCAGAGAAGUUUUUUGCUUUUGCAAAGGCACUGCAUUACAAAGAAAUGGAGUUUGAAGGUGCACGCUUCAAGGAGAAGGGUGUUAACCCUGUUGCUGUAGUUGAAGCUCUAAUACGUAUAGAUAAUCAGCUACACCAACAUGAGGCAGCAGUUGGAAUACUAACCUAUGCCCAGCAAAAUCUGGAUGUGCUACCGAAGGAGUCAUGGUAUGAGAAAUUUCAGCUAUGGGAUGUUGCUCUGGAGGCAUAUACUCUCAAGGCAUCUCAGGCAUCUAGUCCACAAAUGGUUUUAGAUGCUACAUUAGGCCGGAUGCGAUGCCUUGCGGCUUUAGCUAGAUGGGAAGAACUCAACAAUUUAUGUAAGGAAUAUUGGACCCCUGCUAAUCGAGCCGCCCAUCUAGAAAUGGCACCGAUGGCUGCUAGUGCUGCUUGGAACAAAGGAGAGUGGGAUCAGAUGGCAGAGUAUGUCUCUAUACUGGAUGAUGGCGAGGAAACUGAGUUUCGAGGUUUAGGAAACUCUGCUGCUGGUGUUGAUGGCAGUAGCAAUGGCAUGUUCUUUAGGGCUGUUUUACUUGUGCGCAGAGGGAAGUAUGACGAUGCCCGUAAAUAUGUUUACAGGGCCAGAAAGUGCUUGGCAACUGAGCUUGCUGCUUUGGUCUUGGAGAGCUACGAUCAUGCUUACAGCAACCUGGUCCGUGUUCAGCAGCUUCUGGAACUUGAAGAGGUCAUCAAUUACUCUACUCUUCCUUUGGGAAACCCUGUCGCUGAAGGUCGGCGAGCCCUUAUUCGGAAUAUGUGGACUGAGCGCAUUAAAGGAGUGAAAAGAGACGUUGAGGUCUGGCAAGGCCUCUUGGCUGUUAGAGCACUUGCUCUACCACCGACAGAAGAUAUUGAAACUUGGCUCAAAUUUUCUUCUCUUUGUAGAAAAAGUGGACGAAUUGGUCAGGCUAGAUCUACCUUGAUUGAGCUCUUGCAGUUUGACCCCGAAACAUCUGAAAAUGUGGGAUACCGUGGUCCUCCACAAGUAAUGCUGGCAUACUUGAAGUACCGGUGGUCUCUUGGUGAUGAUAUUAAGCGAAAAGAUGCAUUUAUUAGGCUUCAGAAUUUGGGUGUAGAGCUCUCGAGUGCAACGAAGCCUCAGGUGAUUUCUCCAAUGGGUCUAACAAGAAGUAAAAGUCCUGGCGGUCGACUGCUCGCACGUGUAUAUCUCACACUUGGUUCCUGGCAGUGGGCGCUUUCUCCUGGUUUAGAUGAAGAAACUAUAGAAGAAAUUCUCAAUGCAUUUGGGAAGGCCACCCGAUGUGAACCAAAGUGGGCAAAAGCAUGGCAUAAAUGGGCAUUAUUCAAUACUGCUGUGAUGUCGCAUUAUUCUUCAAUAGGUUAUCCCAAUGUUGCUGCCCAAUUUGUUGCACAAGCAGUAACUGGAUAUUUUCGUUCGAUUGCCUGGGGGGCUAAUGCAAAAAUUGAUAGUUUGAAGGAUAUACUUUGUCUUCUUAUGCUGUGGUUCAACCAUGGAGCUACUGUAGAAGUUCAAAUGGCACUGCAGGAAGGAUUCACUCUUGUAAAAUUCAACACAUGGCUGGUUGUGCUGCCACAAAUAAUUGCCAGAAUUCAUUCAAACAACCGUGCUGUUUUUGAGCUUAUCCAAUCACUUCUAGUUCGUAUUGGACAAAGUCAUCCACAGGUUUGCAAUGAGGCCAUUGUGUACCCUCUUCUGUUGGCGUGCAAAUCGAUAAGCACUUUUCGAAGAGCUGCUACUCAGGAAGUUGUUGAUAAAGUACGGCAGAACAGUGGUGCGCUUGUAGAGCAGGCACAACUUGUGUCAACAGAGCUCGUCAGGGUUGCAAUUCUUUGGGAUGAAAUGUGGCAUGAAGCAUUGGGAGAGGCUACUCGCCUCCAUUUCGGGGAGCAUAAUAUUGAAGCUAUGCUAAAGGCGCUGGAGCCAUUUCACGAAUUGCUCGAGGAAGGGGCUAGGAAAAGCAAUACAACCAUCAAACAGAGGGCAUUUAUUGAGGCUUACCAUGCGGAGUUGAUGGAGGCAUAUGAAUGUUGCAUGAAAUAUAGGAGAAUCGGUAAAGAUGCAGAGCUUACACAGGCAUGGGAUCUUUACUAUCAUGUAUAUAGGCGAAUAGACAAGCAGCUUCAGAGUCUUAGCACCCUGGACCUCCAGUCUGUCUCACCAGAGUUGUUGGAUUGUCGCAACUUGGAGCUUGCAGUGCCUGGGACAUACCGUGCAGAUGCACCAUUGGUGACAAUUGCAUCAUUUGCUCCUCAGCUGGUUGUGAUAACUUCCAAGCAAAGGCCUCGAAAGUUAACUAUUCAUGGGAGUGAUGGCGAAGAUUACACUUUUCUGCUGAAGGGACAUGAAGAUCUACGUCAGGAAGAACGUGUCAUGCAGCUCUUUGGUCUGGUGAACAUAUUGUUGGAAAAUAAUGGAAAAAUGGCUGAAAAGGAUUGGUCAAUACCAAGAUAUUCUGUGAUUCCAUUAUCCCCAAAUAGUGGAUUAAUUGGAUGGGUCCCAAAUUGUGACACUUUACACCAACUGAUUCGAGAAUAUAGAGAUGCCAGAAAGAUCCCUCUCAAUGAAGAGCACAAAUAUAUGCUAAAUUUUGCCCCAGAUUAUGAUCAUUUGUCCCUGAUAGCCAAAGUUGAAGUUUUUGAGUAUGCCCUACAGAAUACAGAAGGAAAUGACCUUGCAAGGGUUUUCUGGUUGAAGAGCCGCACUUCUGAGGUUUGGCUGAAGAGACGGACUAAUUACACUCGGAGCUUGGCAGUCAUGAGUAUGGUGGGCUACCUUCUUGGCUUAGGUGAUCGCAAUCCAAGCAGCCUUAUGUUGCACCGUUACAGUGGAAAGAUCUUACACCUUAAUUUUGGUGACUGCUUUGAAGCUUCAGUGCACCGAGAAAAAUUCCCAGAAAAGGUACCUUUCCGCUUAACUAGAAUUCUUGUGAAAGCAAUGGAGGUCAGUGGCAUUGAGGGGAACUUCCGUUCAACUUGCGAAAAUGUGAUGCAAGUGCUUCGAAUGAAUAGGGACAGUGUAAUGACAAUGAUGGAGGUUUUUGUACAUGAUCCAAUUAUUAAUUGGUGUCUUUUUCCCCAAGUAUCAAUGUUUGCUAAUACUCAUGUCCCACCUGUUGUAAAUUCUGAAGAAUCUUCUCAAAAUAGAGAGCUUGCUCAGCCACAGUGUGGUACCAGAGAACGGGAGCUUCUUCAGGUCAUUAAUCAAUUUGAUGCUAGUGAGGUGCUGAAUGAACGUGCCAUGAUGGUCAUGGCUCGGAUGAGUCAUAAGCUUACUGGCCAUGACUUUUGCAGCUCUCCAGUAUCCAGCAGCUCUAACCAACAUUCCAUGGAUCACAGAAAUCUAUUUUCAGGGGAUUCUUGUGAAGAUCAUGGUUUAUCUGUUAAACUUCAAGUUCAAAAGUUGAUUAUUCAAGCUACAUCACAUGAAAACUUGUGCCAGAACUAUCUUGGGUGGUGUCCUUUCUGGUGAGCUGAAGAUAAUCAUAUGUUGUAUAUAUCUUGUGCAUAGCUGGGAUUUGUCUAGGUACCUCAGGUAGCAUAAUAUAUUAUACGGAUUAUUUGCAGUCUUUGUACGCAAACUCAUGGUGUAUAGAUGUCUUUACCAAAAAAAAAAAAAAAACUCAUGGUGUAUAGAUGCAAUCUGAAUUACUGGAGUACUGAGUAGUUGUGCAUAGGACGGGCAAUAUAUUUUGUCAAGAAGCAACGUUUAAAGGGUUGAUGUGAUGACAACGUACAAUGGAGAUCACGAAGGCAACGGCCACAACUUAUCUAGGCUGACAAGGCUUUUGUUGAUGAACACGGGCUAUCAUAGAUUAUGGAUUAAUUGCCUAGAUGUCAAGCUUAUCCAGUAGGGAGGGAAUGAAGCCAUCAAUAAAAGUCCAAGUGGAUAUAUAUGGACUCAACGUAUAAGAGGAACAGAGAACAAGUUUUGGGUAGGCAAAAUUUCUUGCUUCGCCCCAGCGAUAAGUAGAGAGUCUAGUUGCAUCAACGUUUUCUCAACAGUGAACCAUCGGAUCUUAGGGUUUCACUUUUGGACUCGGUUAUUGCUGUGGUGGCGUCAUCAAUGUUGACGUUCUUAUGUGAGAGAGUGACUCCAUUCAUCCAUAUCCUGAGCUAGCAUGUGCUGUCUGGCACUCUGCACAGAGAUAAGACCUCUCAAAAUGGGUCGACCCAUUUAUUGACCCAUGUAUAAUUGGUUGAGUUAUUAUAUGGGUUUGUUACAUUUAACAAAUGGGUCGUAAAUGAAUUUAAACAUAGUAUGUGUAUUAAAAAGGUUACAAAUGGCUUAUAACUUGUUUAGAUCCAACCCACUUUUACAAAUUUCUCUUUAUUUUCUUU